CAACUACUGUUAACAUCCAAACAUGCCUCUCUGCAAUCAAAUGGCCACGUCAAAAACUCACCGUCUUCCUCCAUGAACCGUUACGACUUCCCUCUAAGCCACACGCUAUCAAUCCCAUAUAUACCCCAAGGACCGCCUACAGCUUGGCGCCACCCGUUUGCCGCGGGACAGACGGCAAGCUUGAGCUCCCACCUCACCUCCGUCACGACAACAACACUCACCUUACCUACCCACCAUACUUUCACAUAAUAAUACACACCCCCAUAUGAAAUAGCAUUCUAUAAUAUCAUUCCCGUCUUCUAUAACAUCUACACAUACCCCCAUUGCGCAACCCUUCCAUCGAUCGACUGACCAUUCCGCCCGCCUAAUCGAUAGCAACAACCACCUCCCCACGCCUCACUCACCUCCGCAUCUAACCUUCCACCCACGGACAACAACAACAACCACAGUCGCAACCACCACCCCAACCCCCCAAUCGCAAUGGGCAACCUCUGCGGCAAAGAGUCCAAAGACGACAACUUCGCCGGCCCGGGCCGCGUCGUCGGCAGCGCUGCACCCGCCGCCAACAACACAUCAACACCCGCCAAAGCGUCACUCCCCGCGGGCGCCAAAUCGAAACAGUCGUACCCGAAAGUAGGUGGACCGGGUAGGACGUUAGGAGACUCGGCGGCGGGCGCAGGAGGAGACGAUGCAAGGAGCGCUGCUGCGAAGGCUGCUGAGGUGCGUAAAGUGACAUCCCUAUCAUCCUCGUCUUCGUUGUCAUUCGACGACUGGGAUGAUGGAAGGGAAGGAGAUGGAGAAAGAGAAGAAGAAGAAGGAAGCGGAAAAGGAACCACGAGGUCGAAGUCGGUGUCGAGAUCAAGGACGAAGCCGAAGUUGAAACCGACGCCGAAGCCAAAGUACAUGACGACGACAGCGUGGUUUUGAAUCCUCACCUCUUCCUCUUCCCUUCUUCUUCUCAACUCACCUACCUUUCCAUUUCAUCCAAUUCCCAUACCCCUUCCCUUCCUUCCCCUCCCCUCACCCCCCCAAGAACCAAGGCUGCCACCUUGACUCCCCCAACCACCCACCCAACUUCGCAAACAAGUUCCAACAAGAAACGCAAUACACACAGGCACGAGCAAAUAAACAUCAAUCCGCGGCCUCGGCAGGGGACCUCGCGAAGCGGCUCUCGGCGCAGAAGAAGGAGACGCGCGCGCAGACGCUCCAGCGCGCCGCGGACGAGAACAGG